CGUAAAUAACAUAUGGUUAAAUGUUUUUUAAGCGCGCAACUCAGCACAACGUGACAGUACAGCAGACGACAAAUAUCAUACGUACACAAGUGAUACUAUAAGUCGAUCAAAGUUUUUACAAUCAUUGGUCGUAUUUUAUAAGGCAUCGUGGUUGUACGCUCGGUAGUAUCGUUCGGGUUAUAGCACACGAUGGAGCAAAACAAAAUUGUUCCAUACUCAAGUACCGGUGAUAAGGAGGAAGAUGAGAUAUUAUUGGAACCGUUUACUUACAUUUUACAAGUGCCUGGUAAACAAGUCAGAUCAAAGUUAGCACAUGCUUUCAACAACUGGUUAAAAAUACCUGACGACAAACUACAAGCCAUUGGAGAAAUAAUUCAGAUACUUCAUACCUCUAGCCUUUUACUCGAUGAUAUUCAAGACAAUUCUGUCUUGAGAAGAGGUAUACCUGUAGCUCAUCAUAUUUAUGGAAUAGCUAGUACAAUAAAUGCUGCAAAUUAUGCAAUUGUCAUUGCCCUAGAUAGAGUUGUAGCUUUAAAUCAUCCAGAGGGUACACAAGUAUAUUUAGAACAAUUACUGGAACUUCAUAGAGGUCAAGGUAUGGAAAUUUAUUGGAGAGAUAAUUAUAUUUGUCCUUCUGAAACUGCUUAUAAACAAAUGACUAUUCGAAAAACUGGUGGACUUUUCAAUUUAGCUGUCCGCUUAAUGCAGUUGUUUUCAGAUUGCAAAGAAGAUUUUACCCCUUUAGCAGGAAUUUUAGGACUUUAUUUUCAAAUUCGUGAUGAUUAUUGCAAUUUACUUAGUCGAGAAUAUGCUGAAAAUAAGAGUUUCUGUGAGGACCUGUCUGAAGGAAAAUUCAGUUUUCCCAUCAUACAUGCCAUUAACAGUCAUCCAGAAGAUAGGCAGCUGAUGAACAUCCUACGACAGCGGUCUAAGGAUGUUGAAGUGAAACAAUAUUGCGUCAACUUACUAGACAAAUUUGGAUCUUUUACUUAUACAAGAACUGUACUUCAAGAAUUGGAUAGGAAAGCAAAAGCUGAGGUGCAACGUUUAGGAGGAAAUCCUUUGUUAAUGAAACUUUUAGAUGAAUUAAAGAACUACAAGGAUGAUGACUCUCCCAUUAAUAUGAAAAAGAUUCCAUCUUAAAUUGUUUAUUAAUUGUUAUACUACCACUUGAUAAAUAUCUGGCCUUGCAUAUGUAUAAAUAUUCGUACGAUAACUAGAAUGCAUAUUCAAUUUUAAUAUCAAUUUACAAUGUGGUAGUAUAUAUUUAAUAAUAAUAUUUGAUAUAAAGUAUCAAAUAAUUUAUAUUUAUUAUGUAACAUUUAUAGGGAACUCAACAGCUUCAGUUCCACUUGUUUCACUAAACAAGUAAAAUAAAUUAUGAAUUUACUCAUUUUUCAAAAACACUUUAUGAAUGUAAAGUAUUAAUUUUAUUAUAUACAAAACGUAAAAAUAAAUUAAAAGCAUUCCUAUUUACUCUUCAAUGAAUUCCAUAUUAGUACAUCUCAACAACUUGAUAAUAUUAAUAUCAGUAUUUAAUGUAUAUUUCAUAUAAUACUUAUUAAUGCUAAAAUUGUGCAGUGUUCAUUACAAUAAAACAACUGACAGGAAGUCUUUAAAAGAAAACCAUUCCCGUAGCUGCUUUGAAGAUGUUUAAAAUAAUUUUUAUUAUAAUUAUGCGAUAUUGUAAUAUUUUAUUAAUAACUCUCAUACAUGUAUAAUAAUUCACUAAUAACUUAUUUAAUGUUGAUUACGUAUAUAAUUUAUUUGUAACAAUUAAAUUUAACCCUAGGAAUCCAAAAAAGGAAUCCAAAAAAAUAUAUUUAUUAUUGAUUUAAUUUAUUAGAAUAAAAAUAUUUUAAUUUUUUUUGAGCAAUUAACAUAGAACACUGAAACUUACAAUUUUUUCAAUAAUUACUUGAAUCGGAUAAAAGUGUGCUUUUAAAACUUUUUAAUUUAUUUAAAAGGAUAAUGUUUUCCCUGACAAAUGGAGAAACGUAGUAAUAAUCCCUAUUCUGAAACAUAUGUAAUAAGAAUGAAAACAAGCCUGACAGCUAUCAGUCUAUAGCACUAACAUGCAUCUUGUGCAAAAUAUAAAAAAUUAUCAACACUAGAUUAUGCUGGUAUCUUAAAUUUAACACAUAUUAAGUCCGAUACAAAGUGGAUUUCGUAAUUAUCAUAGAUCAUCUGAUUAACUUGGAAUCCAACAUCUGCGAUGGAAUUAUUAACAGCGUAUAAAAUGCGAAGGGAUGGAGGAGCAAGCGUGAAGAUGAUUUAAAUGAAUUCCUAGAGUUACUAAUGAUGUUACUGAAUAUAUUCAAUGCAUUGAAAUUUGAAGACGCGGCAGUGCUGUUUCUAAACGUCCAUUCGCGAAAGCGACAAUCGUAGGUAGAUAAAACUCCCACAGUCGAGGAAAAUCGCCUUAGGCCAUAUUCCUAAACCAGGCCUAUCCAACAAGACUUUUCGGGGGUAAGCUCAAUUGUCCAUGAGCAGAGGUUUGGACAAAGCCACGGGUAUACGUUUCCAAAGUGGGGGAAAAUGAACUUAGUCAAAAUACACUAAGCAAGUAAAUUCCAGAAUUUCUUUUUUCUUCAAUCAUUUUAUAAUAAAAGAAAAAAAACUAUGAUGAAUUGAACAUAAAAAUAUUAUUCUGGUUUGGGCGAUAACGAUAAGCAUAUUGAUUGAGAAUUAUUUUGACUUUUUCGUUUUAAUCCACCAUGAAUGCCCCAAUUAUUCGCACUACUAAUUAUAAGAUAUGAUUUUCAAGACAAAUGUUUAUUCUGAACGGGGAAACGCCGAGAAAAAGUUAAUUAAGACUGUAUAAUAAACUAUUAUUUGUUAUCAGAAACUGUUAAUAAAUCAAUAAAUCAGUUUACUUAUAAUUAUGUUGUAGUAAGACGCAAUAAGUAAUAAAAUGUGAUUUAUUUUUAUAACAAAGAAUUAUACAAUAACUUAUUAUAGAGCAUGAAAUAUAUGUACAAUUUACAGUAGUGCAUAAAGUUAUUUUACAGUCAGCAUAUUUACAAUAAUUAUCGUUAUGUUAUGCGAAGUUUGUUCUUAGCGAAUUUAUAAUAUAGACAUAACACAUCAAACAAUAAAUUAAAAACUUAUUGUUUGUUGUUUGUCGAUUGAAGACAAAUUAUUUUAAAUGAAAUAUGUGAACAAUUUUUCUAUUCAUCGCAUAUUAUUUAUACAAAAUGUACUUAUAUCUGGCUACUGUUUUGUUGCCACAUACGGAGUAAAAGUUUACUAAUUUUAAUAUUAUCUUAAUCAGACAAUUAAUGACAAUAUAUUGGCAAGAAUUUUCUGCGAUGACAG